AUGAAGCUGAAAUCGCGCCUGGAAAAUGCCCCCUCUAUGCGUGCAUUGAAGAAGAAGCAUCUUGCUUCUGAGCCGUUGCUGCCAUUGCUUCGGCCAAUUGACAGCUUGCCGGUAUCGUUGGGUGGUGGAGCUUUUUCUCCAGCUGCUGUUGGUGGCCAAAGAUCUGCCAUUUCUUCAUUUUGCUUUCUUCUUCUAGCCUUUGCUGACAUCUUGAACCCUACAUUUGCUUUGAGAAGCUGUAAGUUUCCGGCAAUCUUCAACUUCGGUGACUCAAAUUCUGACACCGGUGGAUUGCCUGCUGCCUUUGGUCCCCCUAAUCGUCCUUAUGGGAACACCUACUUUCACACGCCUUCAGGGAGGUAUUCUGAUGGAAGACUGAUUAUAGAUUUCAUUGCCAAGAGCCUCAAUCUCCCAUAUCUCAGUGCAUAUCUAAAUUCCUUGGGUACAAGCUUCACACAUGGUGCAAAUUUUGCCACUGGAGGAUCCACCAUCAGAUUGCCAUCUAGUGUUAUACCUAGUGGUAUAUCGAGUCCUUUUUUUCUUGAUGUGCAAUUCCAGCAAUUCAUGCAAUUCAAGAACAGGUCAAAAUUGAUAAGGAAACAAGGUGGUGUAUUUGCAAAAUUGAUGCCCAAGGAAGAGUAUUUUCGAAAUGCUUUGUACACAUUCGACAUCGGUCAGAAUGAUCUUGAAGCUGGACUUUUGCAUAACAUGUCCUUUGAGGAAGUGAAAGCUUCUGUCCCUGAAAUUCUCAAUAGGUUCUCUGUGAACAUUAAGAAUAUAUCCAAUUGGGGAGGUAGAUCAUUUUGGAUUCACAACACAGGACCGAUUGGUUGUCUUCCUUAUAUUCUAACAAAUUUUCCCUCAGCAGAAAGGGACAAUGCCGGUUGUGCAAAACCUUUCAAUGAAGUAGCUCAGUAUUUUAAUUCCAGGUUGAAGGAGACCAUAGCACAACUCAGGAAUGAUAUUCCCUCAGCUGCAUUCACAUACGUUGACAUCUAUUCUGUCAAGUAUUCUUUAAUCAGCCAAGCACAAAAAUACGGAUUUGAGCUUCCACUGGUUGCAUGCUGUGGAUAUGGAGGAAAAUAUAAUAAUAGCAAUACUGCUAGAUGUGGAAGUCCAGCAAUUAUAAAUGGUACCCAAAUAUUUAUGGACUCAUCAUGUGAUCAACCUUCAGUUCGAGUGAGUUGGGAUGGAGUUCACUACACUGAAGCUGCCAACAAAUUUACUUUCGAUCAAAUUUCUACUGGAGGAUUCUCCGACCCGCACAUUCCCUUGAAUUUGGCAUGUCAUAGGACUACUAAUUAA